GCGCAAGGGUGGGAGCUGGCGGCCGAGGCGCAGGGGGGCCUGGGGCUUCUCCUCAGGUCCAGUGGGUGGGGCGGUGAGUUGGGACCCCGGCGUCAAGAGCAUGCCCCGGUGAGCGGGCUCCGGGCGCCGGCAGGUUUGGGGGUGUCUCCUCCCGGGGCGCCAUGGCGGCCCUGGCCAGUAGCCUGAUCCGGCAGAAGCGGGAGGUCCGCGAGCCUGGGGGCAGCCGGCCGGUGUCGGCGCAGCGGCGCGUGUGUCCCCGCGGCACCAAGUCCCUUUGCCAGAAGCAGCUCGUCAUCCUUCUGUCCAAGGUGCGACUGUGCGGGGGGCGGCCCGAGCGGCCGGACCGCGGCCCUGAGCCUCAGCUCAAAGGCAUCGUCACCAAAUUGUUCUGCCGCCAGGGUUUCUACCUUCAGGCGAAUCCUGAUGGGAGCAUCCAGGGCACCCCAGAGGACACCAGCUCUUUCACCCACUUCAACCUGAUCCCCGUGGGGCUCCGUGUGGUCACCAUCCAGAGUGCCAGGCUGGGUCACUACAUGGCCAUGAACGCCGAGGGGCUGCUCUACAGCUCGCCGCAUUUCACAGCCGAGUGUCGCUUUAAGGAAUGCGUCUUCGAGAAUUACUACGUCCUGUACGCCUCUGCUCUCUACCGCCAGCGCCGCUCUGGCCGGGCCUGGUACCUGGGCCUGGACAAGGAGGGCCGGGUCAUGAAGGGAAAUCGAGUCAAGAAGACCAAGGCGGCGGCCCACUUUGUGCCCAAGCUCCUGGAAGUGGCCAUGUACCGGGAGCCUUCUCUCCACAGUGUCCCUGAGACCGCCCCUUCCAGUCCCCCUGCCCCCUGAAAUGUAGCCCGUGGACUGGAGGCUCCCCGCACGUGCACCGAGCCGGCCACGGCCACAGCCUGUCUCCCAGCCCUGCUCCCCUGCCCUCACCCCUGCCGCCACACUCCUGCCCUGAGCAGCCCAGGCCCCAUCAGGUGCUCGAUCCCGAGGGAGCCAGGGGCCUGCCUGCGACUCCCCAGGCUUCCCGUUCCCCAGGCCUGGGAGUUCAGAGAGGGAGAGGCUGCAAACGGCCCUGGCUGCUCCCUUCUUU